CAAGUGUAACAAGUCUCUCGACUCUCGAAUUUCGCUGUUUUUUAGUUGCUUUUACACGAACUCGUCAUCAUGUCUUCUCAGCUCACAGAAGCACAAAUCCACGCCAUUGUCGAAUCAUGGAAGAUCCCUUCCUCCAUCCCAAUUGAUGCCGGCGAGAUAAUUCUCUUCAAAUUCUUGGAAAAAUAUCCCGACAACCAACAAAAAUUCGCCAAAUUCAAAAACAAACCGCUGUCAGAGCUCAAAGGAACUCCCGCUUUUCGAGCUCAUGCUUCACGUGUCAUGAACGCCUUUUGCACAACUGUCGAUUGUCUUCAAUUGCCCGGCGGAUGGGACGAACUUCCGAUUAUUUGGCGGGAAAUUGGCGAAAAUCACGAACGCAGGAAAAUCAGCAAGGCAUCUUUCGAGGAAUUACGAGAAAUAAUUGUUUCUGUGCUCAUCGACGUUUGUAAACUGACACCCGAACAACAAGAAGCAUGGACAAUUUUAUUGAAUUAUAUCUACGAAGCAGCUUUAAGUUGCAUUUCGACUUAAAAAAAUUAAAAAAAAA